GAGGAGAACGGAGCCGAGCUGGCACACACCAUCUGAUGGGAUUAGCCACUUGGAGGACUUUAAAAGGGACCGUCGGACAGAGGGAGAAAACCCGCAAGUGGGAACCAAGCGAAGAUCAUCAGGCAGCAUCAGAAAAGCACUUUAAGACUCCGACAGAAGUAAACGCUCCAAAUGGCAGACGUUGCAGUUCCCGCCGACAGGAAGGCACCUCCCAAGUUCAAGCAGAGGACUGCUCGUACUUUCAAGAGCAAGGCGCCUAAACCCGGACAGAAGGGAUUCGGAGACGACAUCCCCGGCAUGGAGGGUCUGGGCACGGACAUCACCGUGGUCUGUCCCUGGGAGGCCUUCGGGGACAUGGAGCUCAGCGACCUGGCCAAAUACGGCAUCGUUUAGCCCUCCGCCUUUGACUCGCGUCGCCCCUCGCGUACACCGUCUCGCCAGGAAUAAAAGUAGCUGAAGCGGUUGGCGAGAGAGGAGGCAGAUGUUGAUUAGUAAAAGGUUUGACCUGGGAAAAAAAAAAAGAGAUCCUGUAGUUUCCAUAUGUCUCACGUACUUUAUCUUCCCCUGCCUUUACACCGGUUCCACAGCCCUAAACUCCCCACAGGAGUAAAGACAAUAAUGAAAUAGAGUAUAUUUUGUGAUGUGAAAGAGGAGUUUCUGUUGUUCUGAUAUCACGGUAAUGUUUUGCUCUCCAUAUUUCCUAAAAGCUGCUGAUUAUUUGUUCUCCGCAGCGUGUAUUUUCACGCUACAUUCCAUAAUUCACUUCACUCUUCAGUAAAAUGGACAUUGUCGGUAAAAAAGAACAAUUCCACAAUAAAAGCUAAUAUCUUUCGUAGAACACCUG